AUGGCGCUUUGCGCAAUGAUCAUGACAUUGCCAAGGUAUCCCAUGUCGGAGGACCUGCUCAAUAUACUAUGGUGGUGGGCAGAGGAGGUGGCGAAGGAAGUUGGGGGGACAAAACUCCCGAGCGUUGCAGUCGUCAAAAAACACAUAGAAUCAGCGAGGAAGGAGGUUGGGAUGCAGACAACUCCGCGGACCUCGUACCUCGAUAAGGGGUCGACCUCGACCAUCCCCGACUCUGCAAAACCUCAACGCCAAAGAAGGAAGCGUACCGUCGCGUUAGCGGAAGUUGACGACGACCAGCUGUCCGACCCGUUGUCCGACUCGUUGUCGGAUAGCAGCGACCACCGUCCCCCGCGCAAACAUCGCAAGCAGAGCUCGAAGAAGCAGAGUUCCAGGGGUUCGCCGUCUAAGUCUCAGAAGCAGUACUCGCCUUAUCCGCCCGCCCCUCCCUCUGGAUCUGGCUACAAUGGACAAAAUCUCACCGUCUCCCAGCAAGAACGACUAUUGAGCCAUUUUGAUGCUGAUGAGGCCGAUAGUCUCCUUUGCAGUGAUGGUGCAAACGGGGAUGGCAGCGGUGGCAAUGGCGAUGGCAGCCGUGCGAACGGCGAUGGCAGUGACAAUGGUGGGAAUGGCAACGGCGAGAGUGGCAACAGCGAGAGUGGCAAUGGCAGUGACAAUGGUGGGAAUGGCAACGGCGAGAGUGGCAAUGGCAGUGACAAUGGUGGGAAUGGCAACGGCGAGAGUGGCAAUGGCAGUGACAAUGGUGGGAAUGGCAACGGCGAGAGUGGCAGGGGCAGUGACAAUGGUGGGAAUGGCAACGGCGAGAGUGGCAACGGCGGCGGGGGCGACAAUGGCGCGAACGGCGGCUCGAACGGCGGCUCGAACUUCAGCGUCAGCGGGUGCAUCAACAUGUCCAUCUCCAACACCGAAUACGUCGACGAAGACAACAUCCGUAACCGCCUUCGCCCGCGUCGAGUCCGAGUUCAGUAUACGAAGGAGGUAGAAAUCAACCUGGACCUUGAUCUUGAAGAAGGCGACUUUGAGUACGGUUAUGACGACGGCAAUGGCGACGACGACAGCGACUACGAAGGCUGUGGAGGGAAAGGCAGAGGGGAACCAUGA